AAUGUCUGGAGCUCGUUUGAUAGUUCUACUGUUUAACGCCGGUCCAGUAGAUAUUAGUUGGGCUAAAGAUAACCCUCUUGUUGAUGCUAUAUUUACAAUUGGAUAUCCUGCCCAAGCCACAGGAGAGGCUCUUUUUGAUGUCCUUACCUUAAGGGAAGACUACGCCAAUCCAGCUGGCAGGUUGGUGGCAACUUGGCCAACCACCUUAGCUCAAGUACCACCGAUGAUUGAUUAUUCGAUGAAUAAAAGGACUUAUAGAUACUUUGAAGGAAAUCCUAUGUACCCUUUUGGAUAUGGCUUGUCUUAUACGGUUUUCCAGUAUAGUCAAUUACAAUUAAAAUACGCUAUCAUCAAGGCGGGAAAAGAUCUUGAACUAUCAGUUUCUCUAUCAAAUGUUGGUUGGUACACCGGUGAUGAGGUUGUUCAAGCAUACAUCAGUUGGGAGAGUCCAAGUGUGACUAUGCCAAAGAUUCAGUUAGCAGAUUUCAAAAGGAUAGAAAGAGUAAAAAUUGGAGAAACUGUAAAGGUUACAAUGAGAAUUCCAUAUCAAAUUAUGGCCGGUUGGAAGCAUGAUUCCUACGUAAUUGAGCAAGGAACGCUAAACGUUUAUGUCGGAGGUCAACAACCAUUCCAACAAACUAGUCUGCCGUCGAAUAUUCUCCAUUCCAAAUUUUACAUUACCGGAACGAAAACUUUCAAUUAG